GAAGACAGUCCGACUCUCUCUGCGUCUGAGCAGUUCGCCUGAAAAUAAAGAGAUUAUUCCGACCCUCUGCAGCCAUGUCAUAAAGGAUAGAAACACAGGAUGAGACAGCUGUCUGGAUUUAGAUAGUGAUGACCAUAAUCUCAUUUGGCAGCCAAGCAGAGAAACUCUGAGCUCUGCACACGUUUAGCCCUCAAACGCAGGAAAGGAGGAAGAUCUGCAGCAGGAUGGGGAACACCAAGAGCAGCGCCUUGUCCAAGGAGCUCCUGGAGGAACUCAAGUCCAACACCAAGUACUCCGAGGCGGAGCUGUGCACCUGGUACCAGUCCUUCCUGAAGGAGUGUCCCGGCGGGAAGAUCACCAAGGAGCAGUUCGAAGGGAUCUACGCCAGCUUCUUCCCGGGCGCCGACCCCACAGCGUACGCUCGCCACGUUUUCAGGAGCUUCGACACCAACGCAGACGGCACCCUGGACUUUAAGGAGUACAUCGUCGCUCUGCACCUCACCUCUGGAGGAAAGACUCUGCAGAAGCUGGAGUGGGCCUUCGCCUUGUACGACGUGGACGGCAAUGGAACCAUCAGCAAGAACGAGAUCCAAGAGAUCGUUAGGUCGAUAUUCAACAUGAUCCCAGCAGACGACCAGACGAAACUCCCGGAAGACGAAAACACUCCAGAGAAGAGAGCUGAAAAAAUCUGGGCAUUUUUCGGAAAGAAGGAAAACGAUAAAAUCACGGAGGGCGAAUUCAUCCAGGGAGUGAUGGACAACAAGGACAUCCUGCGCUUGAUACAAUACGACGAACCUCAGAGAAUCAAAGACAAGCUGAAAGAAAAGAAGCAAUAAUUCAGGAGCUAACGUUGUGGUUUAAGACUGUUAAUAAUCUAUUUUUGUUUACCUUUUUAAUUUGCCUGUUUGAGCUACGUCUCUUCUUCUGUGAACUCUGUUCUGGUUACCAGCUAAACCAAUGAAUUAAUCACCUGGUGAUAGUAACCAAGCCUGCAGCUUCAGAUUAGCUAACGGGUAAUUAAAACGGGGCAGCCUUUAAAUCCUGUUAGAGCUUUUAUAUGAAAACUUGUACAAACUUUGCAGUUUGUGAUGUUAUUAAAAGUGAUUACCUUUGUGUAUUUGA